UCGUGCUUUUCGCAGCUUCAAAAUUUAUCUAAUUAUGAAGGCUUUUAUCUUCUUAACCUUGUUCGCUGCUUCUCAGGCAGCCGUUCUGCUGCAUCAUCCAGCAGUCAUCAGUACCGGUGGAAGUACUCAGUACAGAAGUCAAGACAACUUCGGCAACUACAACUUCGGUUACAACGAAGGCCACCUGACAGGAGGCACCUUCCGCAAGGAGUCCGGAGACGGUCAUGGCAAUGUGGCUGGAUCUUAUGGCCUGCGGGACGCUGAUGGCCGCAUCCGAAUCGUCAACUAUGUGGCUGAUGCUGCAGGAUUUCGUGCCGAUAUCCAGACCAACGAACCGGGUGUGGAGCCAAAGGACCCCGCCCACACCGCCAUCAAUAAAGCUGGACUGCUCGUUGCCCCUGCACAUCACCAUGCAGUAGCCUACGCUGCCCCUGUAGCACCCUACGUCGCCCCUGUAGCCCCCUACGCCGUUCAUCAUCUUGCUGCUCCUCACCACGGAUAUGCAUAUCAUUAUUGAAAUUCAACUUUUCCCUUAAAUUAGAAAUCAAACUUUUAUCAAAGGAAUUUACUCGUUUUAAAGCCCGUCAUGAAGUUUUAAAAUAACAAUUAAAAAAAAUUGUUAUUUGAGAGUAUGCAAUACAAUUGUACUAAAUAGACGUAUACAAUGUUUAUCAAUCGCAAAAAUUGGAAACUAUACUUACACGUGUGUCACGAGGACUGUUUCAAAGCAGAAGACAUGUCCUUAUGGAUGAAACAACUUACGAGAAAAGAUUACCUUUUUGCUCAUGUAGGCUCAAAAGACGUGUACGCACCAGGCAGCAAUUUUUUGUUUUAAACAUUGUCUACAUCUAUUUAUUUUCGCCUCAGAGGUAUUGCUUUGUUUUUUAGGUUUUUGUCUCUGAACUUGUUUUGUUAUUUUUUUAUUUCUUAUUUUAUGCAGUAGUGUUUGUAAAAACGCUACUUCAGAAAAUGAAUAAAUAUGAAUGAAUAUUUGUGGUUUUUAAAAAGGAUGACAAAUAUGUCUUGACUUUAGACUUAAUUGUUAAGCAAUUCAAAAAAGGCUCCAUGUAAGCUUUAAUUACUGUGCUUUAUUUUCUUUAAGAUUUAUGAUAUUUUGAGCAAUUUUUGUGAGGAGGAUUGUUUUUUUUUAAAUUUCAUUAUUUAGAAAAAUUUCUGUUUAUCAAAAACUUCCACCAAAGUAUUAUUCUCUUUAUUAUUUCCGUUUAUGUUGAUAAAAAUUAUUUGACUUAAAUUGCAAUUAUGGAAAUCAUGAAUAAUAACUUUGUUUUCCAUUUCGAAAUUAGCUUUGAAAUGUUUGAAUUAUAACCGCUUAACUAAUUCAGCAACAGAAUUUCUAUAUAGCAAAAAGGAAUUUUUUUUUCUUAUGUAUUUAGAAAACUUUGAGUAUUGCUGAAUCUAAUUGGUAAAAUGAACUGUUUUCAGUAUUUUUUUAAAAAUCAGCGUAAAAUUAUGACUUUUAGCAUUUAAAAGUCUUUUCAAAUAUACACAUGUACACAGAUAAAUAUCCGAAUUAAAAAAUUUCCACGUACAUUUUAUUAUUGAAUCCUGCAAAAGUCUCAGAAGUAAAUCAUAUUCGAAAUUUGCAGCAUUUGAUUUAAAGAUUAGUGCUUCUCAUUAAAGUCUAAAAGAAUAGAUCGUUUAAUUUCAAGUUCCCUAGUUUAGAAUUGCUCCAUGUUCAAUCUUUCAAAACUAUUUUGAAAAACAGCAAAGGAUUUUCACUAGCGUCUACAUCAAGUUUGUAUCGUAUAAUUUUAGUUAAUCGAAAUGCAAUGGUCUUGAUGAUACAAAUGUUCCACUAUUUGAACUAUUAUAUACUCUGUACUGUACUUCCAUUCGCCUUAACUGUUUGUGUUUUUUCAGAACAGCAAACAGAUAAGUAUCUAAAACUGAAAACUCUAAAAGCACCCAAAUAUUAAUGAAAUGUUUACUUUCCACAAAGUAUUUUUCGAAGAAAUAUAAAUGUACUAAAUAAAGUACAAAGGUGAUGACCAAUUUUACUUCUUAAAAUACCUUACAGAAUUUUUCAUUAAUUGCAGACUUUAUUAAAAGUUUAGUUCCACACUCAUCAUCCUGUAUAUCAAAUACACACAGUCCUUAGGGUGUAUAAUUUGACUUUUUAAAAUUUUAAUCUCUUCCAUGAACCAAACAAUGUUUUUAUAACCGAAAACAUCAUUUGAAUCAGUAGUUCUCUAAUUAUGAAAACUUAAUAGCUUAUUGAGGUAUCAUUAAUUUCUUUCUGAAACUAGUCUUUUUCUAAUAGUCUUUUCUUUUUGUACAAUUCAAUAUAAUUUAAAAUUCAAGCCUGUUUUUUACUUUUCAGAAGCACUUGAUUGUACUGUCCUAUUUAUUCUUUUUGUUAAAUCUUGCUUGUGAAAUUUUAAGUCAAAA